AUGCCUUCUUCUAGCCAAACUGGACCGAUUAAUAGUGGCAGUCUCUUCUGGCCUGCGUCUAAUACUGCAUCUCAACCACCAGGGUCUGGCACACUUAAGCGGCUAGAAUCGACCCCAAAAGAACAUGCAGAGCGAAUGCAAAAGCUGGAAGGAGCUGCGCGGACAAUUCUUGAAUGCAUUGGCGAGGAUCCAGAUCGAGAAGGCCUCCUUAACACUCCAAAGCGAUAUGCUGAAGCAAUGCUUUUUCUCUCCGAGGGCUACGGAGCGAAUGUACCAGACAUUCUCACUGGGGCUACUUUCAAAGAGAAGUAUGACAAUUUGGUCAUUGUGAAAGACAUUGAUAUCUUCUCACUUUGUGAACAUCAUAUGCUUCCCUUCACAGGAAAGGUACAUAUUGGCUAUAUUCCUCGAGAACAUGUGAUUGGUCUUUCCAAACUUACUCGACUGGCCGAAGUGUUCUCGCGCAGACUGCAGAUUCAAGAGCGCUUGACCAGCCAAAUUGCCACGGCCAUCUCGGAUUUGCUCGGAGCGUACGGCGUUGGUGUUGUUAUGGAGUGUUCGCAUCUCUGUAUGGAGAUGCGUGGAGUACAGAAGGUUGGCAGCGUCACGACUACUAUCUGUAUGCUUGGAAGUAUGAGAUCCGAUGCAGCGAGAGAAGAAUUUUUGACGCUUUUGAACCGGAGAUAA